AUGGCUGAAGCUUCAGACUCUGUCGCCCCUUUGGCAGCGGCUGCGGCGAAGCCCAGGUCCAAGGGCCAGCGCACCGCUGUGCCCGCCUACCCGGAACGUGUCCAAGCUGUGCUUCAUUACCUCGAAGCAAACCCGAUGCGAUUGCAGUCCAUUCCGAUGCCCGCGACGGCGGCGGCGGCGGCUGAACACUACGCACGUGUGGUGGCGGGGCUGCUGUAUGUAGCGUGUGGCGGUUUAGAUCAGGCCCACAACCUGGUGACCCCGCUGUGCUGGGGCUCCCCCACUCCGUACGGCGGUCCGCCCGUACCCGGCAGUCCGGCAGCCCAAGAUGCUGCGUACGUACAUGCGCUGGUGCACAGAGCCGAGGGGCUGCACGACGGCGAGUUCGGUACGGGAUUCUCCAACGCCAAUUAUUCCAUGAGGCGCCACGCAGCCGGUGACGAGCACCUGGAGAAGCUGGCAGCCAGCCACGGUGACACCUUCUCACCGGCCAAGUGGGUGGCGGUGUGCAGCCAGGCGGCGGCAGCUGGGGCGGGCAGGCAGCUGGGGCAGUCGGGGGUCAGCUGGCGGCACCACAACCCCCAGCAGCCCCAGAAGCAGCCGGCGACCGCCGCGUGGUGUGAGGACGUGAUGGCCGAGGAGUGGCGGGCGCUGCUGGAGCACUGCUACAGCCAGUUGCGGGCGGCAGCGGCAGCAGCACCAUCACAGCAGGGAGGAGUUGACGGGAAGAAGGGAUUCAGCACGGCGUGCUAA